AUGACUCUGAACACUGGCGAACGACAUGGACGCGCCUCGUGCAACAUGGAUACUUCUUGCCACAAUGCAACGCACACUCCCGAUGCAACAUUAUCUUUCAACGAAACAGUCGUCCGCAGCGAGACUGUCGCCAGCUGCAACGAGAGCAUCGCCCCCAUUUUCAGUCGCCCCUAUGUGAGCAGCGACCCCGAAUCCGUCGAGCUCGGUUUCCACUCGUGGCUCGAUGCGGCCAAAUUCGAGCAGAGCAUCCUCGGUGCCAUCGUCAGGAAUCCCAAGCAGCCUACGAACGAUUAUCUCCCAGAGAAUCCCUUGCAAUACUACGACAAGGACCAGCUCUUCGUCGAGGGCACCUUCGAGGAUGUGGUCGCCAAUUCCACCAAGAGCACUAGCUAUGACUUUUGCUUUUCUCUGAAGUCACUGGCGGGUUUCGAGUUCAAAGGGAGUACGAGCGAGAACGUCCACCUGAGCGGCAAGCGUGGCUGCUGGAAGAGGCUGCAGCAGCACCAGCGGUACUAG